AUGAUUAAAAAGACAAUACUACUACUCUUUGCUUUUGUAGUAGUACAACUACUUUUAUUGAAUGGUGUCAAUUCACUUCAAGUUUUAACUUUAAAGACUAAUCCUGUAUUGUCGGGAGUAUCACCAUUUCAAGAUGAACAAGUGACAUUUACAUUUGAGACGGAUACUAUUCUACUUUCAUUGUUUUAUGAAUUGGUUGGAACUAAUACGGCAAGUCCAUCGAGAAUGACGACUGAUGGAUCAGACACUCAAUCAUUUACAACUGUAAUGCCUAUUACUUCGUUAUUAAACUAUGGUCUACCACUAGUAUUUAACUUUUAUGAUGUUAAUUCUGGUGGUAAUCUAGUUGGUAGUAUCACAUAUAAUCCUGUGCCAACUACAUCCCCACCUUUGUACACGACCAAUACCAAUGUAACAAUCUUACCAAACCUAGUACACAUGUUGUAUCUUCCAGGUGAAGCUGAUGUAGGACCCUACUGUCAAUUCACGUUUGCCUAUAAAGUAUACAAUGAAUUGGUUGGUAUUAGUAGCUUCUUUGACUCGUCUACACCAAAUGGCUACCCAUUGAGUAUCUACUCUAUGGGUCGUAGUCCCUAUGUCAUUGAACAAACCAAUGAAUACAAAACCUAUGUCUUUACAGGUGGUGCGGCCGUUCAAACUUCAAAUAUCAACUCUCUCACAUUUUACAAUUAUUUUGGUUCAUCAACUUCUAAAUCAAUCUCUGGUUUAAUUUGUCAAUCUUAUAAUCCACCAAAUUUAAUUAAUAAUUUAAAUUUGAUAGCAUCUACGGUUGAACCAAUUGUAUUAUCUUCAUUCCAAAGUAUAUCAUCGUUUGGUAGAAUGUUUGCCUAUCGAAAUGAUGAUGAUAUGAAUAUGGCCCAACGUAUCAUUACUCCAACUCUAUUCAAUUACAAUAACAACUCAAUCUAUUACAGAUGGUCAAAAGCAGCAGCUGACUAUCAAAAUAUAACAUUGGAGGUUCCAGGGUACCCAGCUAAUUCAUCAACCACCAUUUCAACUUCACCUUAUACUCAACCAACUGGUAUAACAUUUACAGUAACAUGUAGUUCAUUGUCAACUUUAUUACCAUUACCACUUUCAAUUGUAUUACAAUCAAAUUACUUUUCAAUCAUUCCAGACCAAAACUAUAUCAAUAUCAAUGUACUGGUUAAUUUGAUGCCUGGAAUGGAUCAAAACGAAAUAUCUGUAAUCACAUUUAAUAUUGGUAGUACCUUUUGGGUUCGAGACAAAGGAUUUAAAACAGUUCCAUACAAAACAAUCUUGUCUGUUUCAACUCGUGAUGCCCGUUCAUCAGUCCUAACAUCCACGUUAAUUUUUAAAAAUGGGUAUACAUUAAUGAAGCAACAACCUUUUAAAACCGAUGUUUAUACUUCAACUUCAGCAUCACAAGCCAUUGGCGCAAUGGAGAAUUUCCAAUUCUCUAAAACAUCCAAUCAAUUGUAUCAUUACUAUCAAGUUGAAACCAAUAUCACAGAUAUUCCAAUUGGAUCGAUUCCCUAUAUCAAUGUAUAUUGUCAAGCUGGAUUGAUUCUAAAACCAACAGACUAUACUGCUUCAUUUAUCGAUAUUGCUAUUCGUGAUGGUACAGCCUUCCCAUACCAAUUCCAAGGUACAAGAACUAUCAUGAGACUAUAUCGUAAAUCUUAUAUCCCAAUGGAUUUCCAAGCUUCAAAUAUCUCUCUUACAUUAGGAUCAAUUCAAAACUUUUUAAUUGAUACUAAUCUUUUUAAUAUUGAAACUGAUUUACAAGCACCAAUGUUUCAAUUACAAUUAAAAGGUGAUUAUUUUGUAAUGGAUAUUCAGGAUAGAUUGGGUAUAAGAGAUAAUUGGUGUAAUGUAACAUUUGGAGGUGAAACAAUGAAUGUAAAGAGUAGUAAUCGUCUAAGAGGAACUGUUAGUGAUGGUUCUUAUUUAUUGCGUAUUCCAGGUGGUUGGAAACCACAUUAUUGUAUGAUUAGACCUUCCGUGUCAUGUAGGGAUAUUCGUGGUAAUGGAUAUCAAAAUUUGGAUUAUGAUGAUACCAACCAAGUUUCAUCAUACCAAUUCCCAGGAUACCCACCAAUCUGUGCAGUUUCAACAAACUCUAUUUCAAGACUCCUACACAUUGGAUAUCAAUUUGUAGAUACUCAAUCGUCGGUUGUAUUUAGUGUCAUCUUUUCAACACCAACUGCAGCAACUGUAGCAAAUCUAAAACUCAUCCUAUACACUGAUCCAGAGAAUACGGUCAUUGCAAAGGAAAUGCCAAUGAACAUGGUACAAUCGACAGGUAGCUUUUUCGAAUUUACAAAGACAAAUAUAUUCUCCUACCCUACCACCACUACUCUCUACUUUGGUCUUGAUUAUACUCAAGCUGGUCAAUCUGUUCAUCUAUCAACCAAAGAUAUUAAAUAUCAUUUUAUUCUAUCUACUGAUGAACCAUACUCUACUAAACCAAGUUCAAAUAUUACAAUUCAAAGUAUUAAUUAUAAACCAUUACCAUCAAUUCAAAUACUUUACGCAAAUUUAAAGGUUAGAAUGCUAAUUGAUACAGCAACUACCUAUGCAGUGAUUAAAAACAUUACAUUGACUCAGUUGUUUAGUCAAUCAUUGUAUCCAAUCUAUUAUAAGUGGACUGGUCCCCCUGGAGUCAAUGGUGGAACCUAUGAUAUUGACAUUCAAACAAGCAAUGCAUGUGGACCAAAUAGCAAGGUAUACAUUAGCAGCAUUUGUGAUGAAUCUGAAAAUUGUUAUCAAUUUGGAAUGUAUGGUAAUUGGGUUGAUAUUGGUAAUGUGUCUUUACCAUGUGUCAAUGCACUACCCGACUAUAGUGCAGAAUUUGUCAAUGUCUCUAUGGUCAGAGCCAACAACCAAGGUAGUAUUUCAAUAGACGUCUCUUCAAACAAUCGUAAAUUUGAUGUUCUAUUCCAAAUCACCAAGAGUAGUGAAAACUUUCAAUUGGCCAACACCAGCAAUCAAUUGACACCAAUUGUCUAUCUAACUGAAAUGUUGUCAAAUGAAAAAUUGGAAUUUAUAUCAGCUCUAACAGUUGCUUCACCUAAUCAAUAUCUAGCUACUAUUGAUAUUCCUGUCAAUUGGGGUCUGCGUGGUGUUGAAUUAAGUGUUUGGAGAAUACUUGAUAAUUUUGGUGGUGUAUUUGGUACAAAUUAUAUUGAUUUUAAUUUAACUUUAUAUUCUUCAAGUGUAAUGAAUCAAAUACCAUAUAUUUGGAAUUCAACAUUAGAUUUUACAUUGAAAAGAGUAUUUGUUGAAGGAUCAAACUUUGGAUAUCCAAUAGAGGUGAUGAUUAAUUCAAAUAGAUUGUCGACAAUGAUUAGAUUGUCUGAUAAUUCAAUUGAUAUAUCUUCAUUGGCCAUUGACUAUACUCAACCAAUUACUAUUGGUGUGGUUGGCAGUAAUUAUACCAAUCUACUGUCAGGUGGUACCAAUCAAAAGUGUCUACGUAAUUGUAGUGGACAUGGAGAAUGUUCAUCGGGAACGUGUAUUUGUAAUAUUCCAUGGACAGGUGACGACUGUUCAAUUGACAAUUCCUACACUUGUCCAAAUAACUGUAGCGGUGGUAAUGGUCAAUGUUUGGACAGACUAUGUAACUGUAAUACCAACUUUACAGGUCCAGAUUGUUCCAUCUCUCUCGUAACAACACCCAAACCAAACUAUAAUAUUACUAUUCAACCCACAGAACCAACUGCCAAUUUUAAUGGAUUCCAAAGCCAAUCAGUGUCUACCAAUUACGAAAUAUCAUUGGUUCGAAUCGACGAGAUUAAUCUAAUUGGUGAAGUCAUCUUUUCUUACAAUCUAACUGGGUUGUGGCAAUUGGUUGAACAAAAUAGUAACUAUACAUUGUAUAAUAUCAGUUCUGGUGUUCAACCCGGUAAUCCAAUGUCAUGGGUGACUGUACAAGUACAUCCAUUUGGAGAGGAGGGUGGAUCGAUUGAAUGGAUGAACAAUACGAUUCAAAUGGCACCUAGAUCAGUUAAAUACUUUACCUAUAUCAAUGGGUACAAGUUUGAUCAACCAUACAACCAACUAGAACUAGUAUGGCAAAACAUGGUUGUUGCAGACCGUGUCUGUGGCGACGACUCGAUUCAAGUGGGUGGCAAUCUCGACGAUAUGCAUUGGUACCAGUUACCAGCCAACCAGCUGAUUCUAUAUGGUCGAUUCUCAGACACCAUCCUACUUGACAACAAACCAGUUCGUAGUAUCAACAAAAUUGCACAAACUGAAAACACUGCCUACAUUCAAACCAUCAUUCCCUAUUUCAACGAAAAUGUUUUAAUUGAUCCAGAUUUCAGUGUAUUGGUCGAUUAUGAAAAGGAAACCGAGUGUUCCGAUCAACCAGGUUUCCCAACAUGGAAAAUUGCAGUCAUCGUCGUUGCAGGUGUCAUCUUUAUAGCUCUCCUAAUAGUUGAGAAUGCACCUGUUACAAAAUUGAUAUUGAUCAUUGUUAUAGGUAGUUCAUUGGUUGUAAACUAUCAAGCAAAUAAAUUGAAAUUAGUAUCUGGUGGUACUAGUACAACAACAAAUAAUAAUAAUAAUAAUAAUAAUAUCGAAGUCACACUAUCAAAUCUAUCAUUGAUAACAUUACUACUUAAUAAUCUAUACUUUACAACCAUUGGUGAAACCGUUUUGGGUUCCUUUCUUUUAUAUUCAUUCCGUCUUUUCGAAAGAACUAUGGGUUCUUCAAAAUAUUCUUUCUUUGCAGUCAUUUCAAUUAUAAUAUCAACUUUAAUACAUAUUGGUUAUUUGGUUGUUUUUAAAAAGGGUGGAUCACCAGGACCAUACUCAUUUAUAUUUUCAUGUUUGGUAUUAUUUUAUAAAGAUAUACCAGCAACCUAUUGGUUUAAACUAUUAAAAUUCCCAUUAAAUGAUAAGAUCUUUUCAUAUAUUUUAUCGUUGCAAAUGAUGUAUAGUUAUCCAAAUGCAUUUGCCAAUUGCUUGUCUGGUUUGAUUGCAGGCAUUCUCUACUAUACCGAUAUAUUUUCACUCAAAAACAAGAGAUUCCCAAAGUGGAUGGCAGCACUUUGCAAUCGAUGGAUCACUCCACUACUCCAGUCCAAUCAACGCCCAACCUCUUUACGUACUCUCAUGGAACUUCAACAAAGACAGCGAAGACACCAACAAACCCAACAACAACAACAAAGACAACAUACUCCAAUCGUCCCAUCCGACAUUAAUAUCGCCACACUCGAAUCAAUGGGUUUCCCUCGUGAACGUGUUAUCGAAGCACUCCAAAUGUCAAAUAAUAAUUUAAAUGAAGCUACCAAUUAUUUAUUAAGUGCAAUCUAA